UAGAAGAAGAGCCGGAGCAAAACACGGAACAACUGUCCUCUAGCUAGUUAGCAUGAUGAGCUAAAGCGUCCUGUAUUUUAGUCACCAUAUAUACUUUGUUUACUUCAGUCAGACGGUUUUGGUUGACAAGUGGAGACGGAUAAAUAAAAUGAAGUUGCUUUAAAGAAGAUAUAACAGUUAUUUUUUACAGCAAUGUUUAACAAGUCGUAUCAGCUGCUCCCUCAGAGGGACUCCAUCAGUACGAGGACUCCUGGCUUGUUUGUGGACACUGACAGCUUCACACAGCGCGGCUAUCACAAAGGUUUUUCAUUUGACAACAUCCCCAAUGUCUCUGAAAACGACUUCAACGAUACCUCUCAAGGAUGGGUGUCCUGGAUUUGCAACCUGAUUGUCAUCUUCCUCGUCUACAUCUGCACCUUUCUAACAUUUCCGAUAUCAGGAUGGUUUGUACUGAAAACGGUGCCUAACUACCAAAGGAUAGUAGUGUUUCGCCUGGGUCGAGUUUGUCCUCCGAAGGGCCCUGGUAUUGUUCUUGUGCUGCCCCUCAUUGACCAGUGGCAGAGAGUCGAUCUGCGCACCCGUGCCUUCAACAUUCCUCCUUGUCAGGUGACUACUCUGGAUGGUGGCAUAUUGUCAGUGGGAGCAGACAUCCAGUUCAGGAUCUGGAACCCCGUCAUGUCUGUACUAUCAGUCCAGGACCUGAACGCCUCGACCAGGAUGACGGCACAGAAGGCUUUGACCUACAGCCUGGCUAAGAAGACUGUCAGGGAGAUCCAAACUGAGAGCAUUAAACUUGGAGAAUAUCUUGGGAUGGACAUAAAUGAGAUGACUCGGCCCUGGGGGCUGGAGGUAGACAGGGUCGAGCUUACCCUGGGCUCUAUACUAAAAGCACCAGAGGAAGGCCUCUCUGGACCCCUCAUCAUGCCUCCUUCUGUGCCUGGACUGGAAGGCCUCACUGGCCCCAUUCAACAGUUGGCAAUGCACUUUCUGAGCCGCAGUGGCGUUUCACAGCCUAAACAAGAGGACAGUUUAACUUUUAUAGAUGAGUUCAGCAGUGCCCCUCAGGCAGUCGUGGCCACACCAGGUUCUGUUGAGGAGCUGCUUGGUGGGGUGAAGCUCCUGCUCUCAGAAACUUUGGUCCAGCAAGUUGGGGCCUGCUUCCAGUUUGACAUAAGCUCGGGGGAUGGACAGCAUCACAGUUACUAUGUGGAUCUGAGCCAAGGUAGUGGUGCAGCUGGAGCAGGGUCCUUGUGCAGAGAGCCAGAUGUGACACUGAGCAUGUCUGACAGCGACCUUCUGGCCAUGUUCCAGGGCGAGCUUCGACCAUUUGCUGCUUACACCAGCGGCAGACUGAAAAUCCAGGGGGACAUUAAGACCGCCAUGAAGCUGGAAGAACUCAUAAAGCUUCUUAAGAAAUAGUGCUCACAGUCACAUUUGUAUACGUAUUUAUUAAAUCUUUCAUUUUGAUUGUACAGUACAUGCUUUUCAUGUAUACAUUAAUUAUAUUUGUUUUAAACUGAG